CCAGUGCCAGGGCUUGGGCUAGUACAGACGCGGCAGGUCAAGGUGAGAGGGAGGAGGGAAGGGUGGCUCACUUGGUCACGGUCUGGGGACCGCCUAAUGGUUCCAAGUGGGAAAAGCGAAUGUCGACGCGGGGUUUGGGUGCGGGGUUAAAGAGGGAGAGCGAGGUUUCUAGGCCUUCUGGCGCAUCGUCCGAGAGGUACAAAAAACUCGAGGGACUGGAAAAGACUCUGGAAGAGGUGGAAUACGUGGUAUUUUGGGAGACGAUUCGGCCCAUUCGAGAUGAUAUGGUUGAAAGUCGCGCUCAUUAUCCGCAGAAAUUUGUUCAGGCGAGUACCACCUCCCCACUUGGGCCUUUUCACGACCAGGAGUCGUCGACCGCCACACCUUGUGCCGCACCUCCUCCCCUAGAGAGAGAAGAGAGAGACUAA